GUCCCGGGGAGGGGAAAGGAGGCGCUCCAGGCGCGCCUCGGCGGGCAGCGGGUCGGAGGCUUACAGAGGAAGCCUGCCCGGGCCUCGCUCUCCGCCCGACUGCUGCCUGCGCGUGCGGCCCGGAGCUGCCGGCGGCCGCUGCGCUGCACUUACCAGGGCCCGGCGCAAGGCCGGGCACGGAGGACAUGCCUGAGAAGACGGUGGAGUGAAUGAUGAUUGAGUGAUGGAUAAAUGGUCAAGAGCUAGGACCGGUGUUCGGAAAUGAAAUUCCGGGUCUCAGAGUUCUCGCUCUGGUUACCAGCUACUUCUCUCAAUUGGUCUUGCAGCCUGGAAACUUUUUUAGGGACCGUCGUAAUAGGAGACGGCACGUAGUGUAAAGCGCCCUGGGUGGGGAGUCUCCAGACCAGGGUUAUAAUUCCCGAGGAUACGGAGGCUGUUUCUUGAUCUCUAAAGAUGGACUGUCUAGUAGUCCCUGCCUUUCUUUCUUUACAAGGCUCAUUUGACAGCGUGUGUGUGGUAGCGCGUAUGCAAACGUUAAUACCUUAUAACAAAAUUUUACUAUCCGUUACUUGCCAGCUACUACACAGAAUUCAGGGACGAGGCUACAGAAUGAGUGACGUUGGAACCUGCCAAAUGGGAAAAUGCUUCCUAGUGCUGGAAGAUGUAUAAAUGAGCAGGUUCUUGUGAUCAUAUUUUAAACUACAUUUAUUUAGUACUUAACAUGUACCAUGCACUGUUCGAAGCAGUGGUGCUAAUUUAUUUAACCUUCACAACAACGUAUUUGUAGUUUUUAACGAGGAAAUUCAGGUACGGAGGGAAUAAAUGAUUUGUCCAAGGACACAUUGCUGUUAAGUGACCCAAAGCUGUAGAAGAGAGAGAUCUAGUGUGCCGCUGCAGCCUGGGGUAAUAUGGAGAGACAUUUUUGGAUGAACAGUUGUGAUUUUGAAUUCCAAACACCAGAAACUCUGUACUAUUUUUGCAAAUCUUUUGGCUCCCAGUUUUCCAACCUUGAAGUGUUUUACAAUCAAAGCAAAGAGAAGAUUUGUGGAUGUUGAAUAUGCAAGCAGGUGAAGAGAGAGAGAUUGGAAGAGAGAUUUGUCCAGGUUGGGUGAACAAGCCUGCUUCAGAGCAGGAUGUCUCUGUAAUUGCUUCACCAGGGAUGGUAGCAAAGAGACUCCAAGAGGAUGAAUACCAGGAUUCUACAUUUGAAGAAAAAUAUGCAUGUGAUAGCAUGAAGGGAAACCCUCCCAGAGAGGUUCCUGGGCCACUCCUUUUCCAGGAAAGAGGUUUUGGAGGAAUAACUUUCAUCCACAAGGAAGUACCUCCUGAAAUGACUGGCCAAGAAUAUCAUUUUGAGAAAAGCUUGCUUUUGACCUCAAGCCUUGUUACACAUCUCAGGGUUUCUACAGAAGAAAGCCUACAUCAGUGGGAGACAAGUAGCUUACUCACCAAUGAGAUUUCAGACCAAAGUAAGUGUCCAACCCUCUCCACACAGAAAAAGUCUUGGCAGUGUAACGAAUGUGGAAAAACUUUUACUCAGAGCUCAUCCCUUACCCAGCAUCAGAGAACUCAUACUGGAGAGAGACCCUAUGCAUGUAAGGAAUGUGGGAAAGCCUUUAGUCGUAGUUCAUUCCUUGUUCAACAUCAGAGAAUUCACAGUGGAGUGAAACCAUAUGGAUGUGAGCAAUGUGGGAAAACAUUUCGAUGUCGAUCAUUUCUUACUCAGCAUCACAGAAUCCACACUGGAGAGAAACCUUAUAAAUGUAAUGAAUGUGGGAGUUCUUUCCGCAAUCAUUCACAUCUCACUGAACAUCAGAGGAUUCACACUGGAGAGAAACCUUAUAAAUGUAAUAGAUGUGGGAAGGCAUUCAAUCAGAACACUCACCUCAUUCAUCAUCAGAGAAUUCACACUGGUGAGAAACCUUAUUUAUGCAAUGAAUGUGGCUCUUCUUUUCGCAAACACUCAAAUCUUACACAACAUCAGAGAAUCCACACUGGGGAAAAACCCCAUAAAUGUGAUGAAUGUGGGAAAACUUUCCAAACAAAGGCAAACCUCUCUCAGCAUCAGAGAAUUCAUACUGGAGAAAAACCCUAUAAAUGUAAGGAAUGUGGCAAAGCUUUUUGUCAGAGUCCUUCCCUUAUUAAACACCAGCGAAUUCAUACUGGAGAAAAACCCUAUAAAUGUAAGGAAUGUGGCAAAGCUUUUACUCAGAGCACCCCCCUCACUAAGCAUCAGAGAAUUCAUACAGGGGAGAGACCCUACAAAUGCAGUGAAUGUGGUAAAGCCUUCAUUCAGAGCAUUUGCCUUAUUCGGCAUCAGAGAAGUCACACUGGAGAAAAACCCUAUAAAUGCAGUGAAUGUGGGAAGGGCUUUAAUCAGAAUACCUGCCUCACUCAGCAUAUGAGAAUUCAUACUGGAGAGAAGCCCUAUAAAUGUAAAGAGUGUGGGAAAGCCUUUGCUCACAGCUCAUCUCUUACUGAACAUUAUAGAACUCACACUGGUGAGAAGCUCUAUAAAUGUAGUGAGUGUGAGAAAACCUUCCGCAAGUAUGCACACCUUAGUGAACAUUACAGGAUUCACACUGGUGAGAAGCCUUAUGAAUGCAUUGAAUGUGGAAAAUUCUUCAGACAUAGUUCAGUCCUUUUCAGACAUCAGAAACUUCACAGUGGUGAAUAAACCUGGCAUUUAGGUUAUGACAGUUUCUCUAGAAAGAGUGACUAGGAAUCUGGCUGGCGGGAGAGGGGCAGGUAGAGUUCCUGGAGGGAAGGAUGAAGA